AUGAUGUUUGAAGGAUUGGCGUUCAGAGCAGAAUUCAACGGUGGAUUGAAGGAUUCGAUUUCAAAAUCAUAUCAUGAAUCGCAUCAAUCAUGCGUAAUCCUUCGUCCUUUACUUAUAGCAGAAUCUGCAUUACCAUCCCAACAACUACAUAAGCUCAUGGAUCCAACAGAAAUUACAAUGAUUAAUGAUCUAGGUCUCUCAAAUGACAACUACACAAUUAAAGUGCGAAUAAUCCGGCUUUGGAAACAAACAACUUGGUCGAAACCACACGAGACACGACAAAUCGGAAUGAUUUUAAUGGAUGAAGAGGGUAAUAAAAUUGAAUGCACUGUGGACAAACCAUAUGUUAUACUGGGAAAAGCACUUGAAGAAUAUGCUGAUGUUUACAUUCAUAAGCCAACACUUGGUUUGUAUGUUGAUGAUGCCAUGAAGUUUGUUGACAUUCAAAACAAAUUGUUUUUUCAAUAUACCACUAAAGUAAACAAGUGCAUUGGUUUUAAUGGGCCCUUGAAUUCUUUCGCUUUUGCAAACUUCCAAGAUGUUAUCGAUAAGGCGAUCCCUUCAACUAUUUCUUUUGGUAAAGUUCACAACUUUGAUUUGACAUUUUACUUCUUAUAA